AUGAUUAUUUGUGUUUGUUGUGCUCCCUUGAAAGCUGGCAUAAAAUCUCUGAUUCAAACCGGCCCAAUAAAACAAACUGCAGACUAUCUCAAGAAUUUGGCUCCUGAAUCUUACAGGACCAAAUUUAAAACAAUGCUAAUCCAUCACUUGAUUGGUGGGUCAAAUGAGACCAACAGCAAAAAUUUCAAUCUUCCCAGAGUCACCACACCUUUGCUAGGUGACCAAUUCAGCAACAUGGAGCUCGGAGCCCUGUCAGAUGAGCCAAACGAGUCAGAUGAUUCCGAUGAUUUGGAAAGCGAUAUAGAACCCGAAGACGAAUUUGAAAGAGAAAAUGGGUUCAUUGGGUAUGGUGUUCCAUCAAAGAUUAAGGCUUCUACAGCAGACUUUGGCAUUAAAAAACAUUAUCUUCUUGUUAUUAUAGCCAGAGUAAGAACUAUAGCAAUGAGAGUCAAGAAGCCCACUUCCAAGAGAACCACUACCCGUAUGAGGGAAGGGAUCAAGAAGAAAGCCGCAGCUCAAAACAGAAAGAAUAAGAAGUUAGCUAAGAAGGACGUAACUUGGAAGUCAAGACAUAAGAAGGAUCCAGGUAUUCCAGCCAGUUUCCCAUACAAGGAUAAAAUUAUCAGCGAAUUAGAAGAGAAUAGAAGAAUAGAAAAGGAAAGAAAAGAACAGCAAAGGAUAGAAAAACAACGUGAAAGAGAAGAGGCCCUUGCUAGAGGAGAAGAUGUUGAAGACGAAAUGGAAGCUGAAGAAGAUGAAGGAAAUGGAUUGACAGCUUUAUUGGAAUCUGCUCAGCAAGCCGCCAAGGCAUAUGAAGGAGAUGAUGCAGAAGAUGAGGAUGAUGCAAUGGUGGAUUCUGAUGAAGAUGUCGAAUAUGAUAUAAGUGACGUUGAAGAUGAUGAAGCUAAUGAAGCAACCAUUGAAUUAGAAAAAUCUCGUAAAGCAUAUGAUAAGAUUUUUAAGACUGUUGUUGAGCAUGCAGAUGUUAUAUUAUAUGUAUUGGAUGCUAGAGACCCUGAAGCAACUAGAUCAAAGAAAGUUGAAGAAGCUGUUUUACAAAAUCCUGGUAAAAGAUUAAUUUUAGUUUUAAACAAAGUUGAUUUAAUUCCAACUAAUGCAUUAAACCAAUGGCUCAAUUUUUUGAAAUCUUCUUUCCCAACUGUUCCAGUUAAAGCAUCACCCGGAGCAUCUGGAUCAACUUCAUUCAAUAAAAAUUUAACUUCAUCCAUGACUGCUAAUUCUUUAUUACAAGCAUUGAAAAGUUACGCAGCCAAAUCUAAUUUAAAGAGAAGUAUCAUCGUUGGGGUGAUUGGUUAUCCUAACGUGGGUAAAUCAUCAAUUAUUAAUGCAUUAACUAAUAGACAUGGUCAAAACUCAAAAGCUUGCCCAGUUGGUAAUCAAGCUGGUGUAACUACUUCAAUGAGAGAAGUUAAAAUUGAUGGUAAAUUGAAAAUCAUCGAUUCUCCAGGUAUAGUUUUCCCAGAUGAAAUAAUGAAUUCAAAGAAAACUUCAAAAACCAACCAAGAAGCUAAAUUAGCUUUAUUAUCAGCAAUUCCUCCAAAACAAAUUCUCGAUCCAAUACCUGCUGUCAAUUUACUUUUAAGAAAGUUUUCGAAAGACAAUGAAAUGGCUGACGGGUUGAAAAAUUAUUACCAAUUACCUCCAUUACCUUCAUCAAAUUUCGAAGAAUUUAGUAAGCAAUUUUUAAUUCAUAUCGCAAGAUCAAAAGGUAGAUUAGGUAAAGGUGGUGUACCUAACUUAAAUUCUGCUGCCGUUUCUGUUUUGAAUGACUGGAGAGAUGGUAGAAUCCUCGGUUGGACUUUACCAAGAGCUUCUAAAAAAGCAGAUCUUGAUGCUGAUAUCGAUCUUGAAGCUCCAAAAAGCGCUUUAAGAGGUGAAAAAGAACCUCCAAAAGUCGAACAAACUACAGUUGUUUCUACUUGGGCCAAGGAAUUCGAUUUGGAUGGUUUAUUAGGUGAUAACUUCGGUCUUGGUGCCUAAUUUUUUUGUCUAGUUCUUCUAUUGUAAAUUAUAUAUAAAUUAUAUACAUUAAUGAAAAAUUUCGCU